CUUUCUGCCCACAACUUGUCAGUCCGGCAAAGGCUAGAAGACCAGAUGAUGAAAGCUGACAARGGGUAUCAUACUAGACUUGUGAAAAAAGCUGUGGGGAGGUACUAUGAGACAAAGAGGAAGCUGUAUUUACAGAGUCUUCCUGAAAAUGAAGAAAGAACACAGCAGUUAAAAUCAGAYAACAAACUGCGUUCCAGGAGGAAGAGGCUUUUCACUGCAAGAUGUAAAGUUGCAGAUGGGGAAGAUCUCAACCUCAUUAAGCAACUAAAUUAUGAGUAUGUCAGUGAUGAGGAAAAUGGGAUUCGGGAAGACAGUGGMAAGUGGGUCGUCAGGCACCCUGCUUGGAGAUCUGAAGAAGCAGACUCACUUAUGGAAAGACUGCAAAGUAAAGUUGAAACUCAAAGGUCUGAAAGGCCACGAGUUUCAAGGGUUGGUGGCCUUCCAUCUACCAGAUGUAAGCCAAGAAACCCUGUAAUGUGGGCUGUGCAGAGACAACCAAGAAAUAUUGUGCCAACAAUUGAACGUUCGCCAUCGAGGAGUCCAUCUCCAGUGCAGAGGACUGGCAGAAAUAUUGUGUCAACACUUGAACAUUUGCCAUCAAGAAGUCCAUCUCCAGUACGGAGGACUGGCAGGAAAAGAACAAGAAACAAUGUGAUUGGCAGGGUAACGCGGUCAAAGUCGAAGUCCCCCAGAAAAGCACCAAAAAGAAAGUCAAGAAAGGAUUAAUUCAAGAUAUUGACUGUUAAAUGUACAUAAUUAUAUAAUUUGCACAACCAUUUAAAUACAAGCUCAUUUCAGAACAGUGAAAUGAACAUUUUACCAAGGAAGUUGUAUUAUAUUUUACCAUGGUUGUUGUAUCCAUUUCUUAUUAUGCAAGUUUUGCAAUGACCUUGAAAUCUUGUUUAAGUUUGUAAAAAUCAUUGGGAAACUU